AUGGAUAUCCUCUUACAUUCACAGCUCCUACUAGCUUCAAAUCCCCAAAAUCUUACAUCAUAUGAAGGCGUUGAUCCGGCUAUACAAGAGCAUGCAAGUAAUAUUCUAAAGGGAAAUUCAUACAAGACCAUUGAGCGAAUCUUAGAUGGAGGCGUAUUCCUGAGCGGUGAUAUUAAUAAUAAAGCUGAUUUGCUUAUCUGUAUUCAAUCCUCAAUUUCAACUAAACUUCAAGAUGAUAAUGUGAAAAUGAUGCUUGCCAUUGCAUUUUUACAGACAUUCAUUCAAAAUAAUUAUACAGGCCCUACAGUUCCUCUGUCAUCGCACGACGUUAUAUUCGGUUCGCAGUAUGACAAAGAUACAAUGCAUAAUUUGUCAAUUGAUCUUUUAGGUAUCCUAGGGCAGUCAGCAUAUGAACUCUGCGAUGACCCUUCGUACCUGAUCAUCGCACUAGUUCUCCUAGAGCAACUCACAAACCAACCAAGCUUAUUCUCACACUCUGAAGGAAACAUGAAUUUGCCCGAAAUUUCUGCUCAUGAUACGCCGAGCGUAACUGCUUGCGCCCAUUGGUGGAGAGCUAGAGCGUUACUCACUCAUGUUUCUCUAAUAUCUGAACCUGUGGGAUUGCAACCCGUGAUUGCUUGCUCAAUUCUAGAUUCCAUCAAUCUCGUUUAUGCAAUUUGUCGUGGACUUCCAGAGGCGUUCAAAGCCGACUAUGAAAAGAAACUGGGCGUAAUAUUUUACCUCGAAAAUAUCAAAUGCUCUCUAGGAUCUAACACAGAGCAUCUCUGCCUGCCGUCACUAACGAAAAUUAAAAAAUUGAUGAACUUUAGCUUUGUUUUAACAGGUGCUCGCGCCAAGAGAACGAAGUUUCAGCAGAAGGGACAUGCAGGGCUGAUCAUAUUGGCUCAAUCUUCGAUAAAUCUACCCGACGAUGAAGAGGCAGGCCAAAACUCUCCAGAGAGUUUUGCACUCAACUCAGACUUGCUUUUGGAAAGGCCUCAAUUUGAUUCAAUUGGGAAUGAACCUCUUGAUGAACAAAUAAUAAAAAAGCAAAAGCAUGAUGAACAUUCAGGCUACGAGGAAGAUAAAAUAUUGCCAGUUGCAUUGAGACAGGAGGAUAUACCUAUUCAACUAAAAGACAUUGAUCCAAAUGAUCAACCACAACUUAAUAAUUACGAUAAUAUCCAACUUUUACUCCGGUUAACUACUAUCAGGCAAAGCUCUCCCGCACAGAACCCAUUGGUCGAAGAAGAGUUAUCUGCACUUGUAAGUCGCGUUUUAUAUCAAAAAGGUAGCAAGAACUGGACGAUUUUUUCAAGAGCUCUAUGGGAAAGAUCCAUUGUCGAAACUACGAAGGCAAAAACUAUCGAAAGAGGGUUAUUGCAAAUGCAAUCGUUGGUGGAAGAGUUAGGUUUGAAGAUAAACACAAGAAUGUUGCCUCAAUCCAGUGAUGUUGAGUCUUCCGCUCAGAUGAGAUUGAAAUAUAUUCACCAGUUACCAUUUCUUCCUCGUUGGUCGUUAGAUUCCAAACUAGCUGAGAGAUACAUGUCCGUCGGUGUUUUGAGAUCUGCUGUUGAGAUUUACGAAAGAUUACGUAUGUGGUGUGAAGCUGCAUUGUGUUAUGCUGCUGUUGGCGACGAAAAACAGGCGGAAGAAAUUAUAAUUCGCAGAAUCGAGCAGAAUCCAAAUGACGCGAGAGCAUAUUCAAUUCUCGGUGACAUAAGACAAGAUCCCAAACUGUGGGAAAAGAGUUGGAGUGUGGGCAAAUACGUCAAUGCGAAGAACUCGCUAGCCAGAUAUUACUAUAAACCUCCCGCACAAUCCGGCUUGAAACCAGACUACAGUACGGCACUAAAACAUUUGAACGAUUCCCUACGUCUUUACCCGCUAGCUUUUGAUACUUGGUACUUCUAUGGUUGCAUUGGCUUGGAGUGUGGUAAAAUGGAACUGGCUGCAGAAGCAUUUUCCAGGUGCGUUUCACUUGAUGACACACACUCUUUAGCGUGGUCUAAUUUAAGUGCGGCGUAUAUUGAAUUAGGUAAAUUAAAAGAGGCCCACAGCUGUUUGAAGAGAGCAGUAAGCUCAGAUGCCCAGAAAAAUUGGAGAAUAUGGGAAAACUAUAUGCUGGUAUCACUUAAACUCCAUGAAUGGGAUGAUGUUUUGCUUGCAUGCCGUAAACUGGUUGAUAUAAGGAAGAACAAGAGUGGAGAGAUCUCGAUUGAUUUGCCGGUAGUUGAAAAACUAGUCGAAUUGUUAGUCUCCACGGAUUUUCCUGCUGAUUCGACGGCAAGACUCACUCAUUUUCAAUCGUCUUGUAUGGAGUUUAUCUGCGAUGUUCUUCCCACGGUAAUUACAACAAGCUCCAGAUGUUGGCGAUUAGUUGCGAGAGUUGAAUUAUGGAGAAGAAGGCCAUGGGCGUCUUUGGAAUGCCAUGAAAAGGCAUAUCGCGCUGUUGUUCACAAUCCCGAUUUGGAAAUCGACGAAAAAGCGUGGAACGAAUGCGUAGAAGCAUGCGAUGAUUUAGUGGCAGCUUAUGAAUCAUUGGGUGAUAGAGAGGGUAAGUAUGGUGCAGGUGACCUUGUUUGCAAGGACUGGAAGUACAAAGCCAGGUCUACGAUCAAGUCUCUAAUGAGCAAAGGCAAAAAUUCAUGGGAUGGAUCAGAUGGUUGGGAAAAGUUGUUAGAACUUAGGCGCCAAUUAUAG